AAAGUGAUUUCAUCAAAACUCCAUUUCGUACAAAGAGAGAAUCCAGAACCUCCAAAAGGCUAAUCCUGAUACUAAGAAGCAAAGAAUAAAGAGAAUUUCCAAGCAACAGAACGAAGAAAAUGGAAGCUCUGUUGUGCAGGAAAGUGGGCGAUCCAACAAUAGAUUUACAGAGUCCCAAUUCCCCAGUAGUUGUGGAAAACAAGUACCCAAUCCCAGAAUUGGGCUCCCCAAAAGCCGUGAGAGUGAGAGUCAAAGCCACGAGCUUGAACUACGCCAAUUACUUGCAGGUGCUGGGCAAGUACCAGGAGAAGCCUCCCUUUCCUUUCAUCCCUGGUUCCGACUUCUCCGGCGUCGUCGACGCCGUGGGAGCCGCCGUUGAGAAUUUCAAAGUGGGCGAUCCCGUUUGUUCUUUUGCCGCCCUCGGAACCUUCGCUCAGUUUGUUGUCGUUGACGAGAACCAUCUGAUCAAGGUGCCUCAGGGAUGUGAUCUGGUUGAGGCUGGCGCGCUUCCUGUUGCGUUCGGGACCUCGCAUGUUGCUCUUGUUCACCGGGCGAACUUGAGCCCUGGACAGGUGUUGCUGGUUCUUGGUGCCGCCGGGGGUGUUGGUCUGGCUGCUGUACAGAUUGGAAAGGUUCGUGGUGCCACUGUUAUUGCUGUGGCUAGAGGAGCUGAAAAGGUGGAGUGUUUGAAAGCACUGGGUGUUGAUCAUGUGGUGGACUCCGGCAACGAAAAUGUUAUCCAAAGUGUCAAGGACUUCCUCAAGGCCAGAAAGCUUAAAGGGGUUGACGUUUUGUAUGAUCCCGUCGGAGGCAAGCUUACUAAAGAAAGUAUGAAGCUAUUGAACUGGGGGGCAAACAUAUUGAUCAUAGGCUUUGCCAGUGGAGAAGUUCCUGUCAUCCCCGCGAAUAUCGCACUUGUUAAGAACUGGACUAUACAUGGACUUUACUGGGGUAGCUAUAGAAUUCAUCGACCAGGUGUUCUUGAAGAUUCUGUUAGGGAGCUACUAUCCUGGGCGGCGAGAGGCUUGAUCAAAAUCCACAUUUCUCACACUUUCAGCUUAUCAGAGGCCAAUCUUGCCUUUGCUGCUAUGAAAGAUAGGAAUGCUAUCGGAAAGGUGACAAUUGUUCUUGACGGUGGAACAGUAAGAUCUAAGCUUUAAGCUGAUCGGUAUUCAGCUUGGAAGGGGUGGAGAGUCUUAAUUUUUGCACUUUUGUGCUAUAAACAAUUGGAAAUUUCCAUGUUGCUUGUUUAAUUAAUAGUAUAAAUAAAAACUCGAAAGAGCUGUUCGCAAGAUAGCGAGUCUUUUGACAAAUAAAGGUAUUGUUUCAAAAUCCGUCCAUGUAGAUUCUACUUUGCUGCUUGGACUUCUCUCUCUCUCUCUCUCUCUCUCUCUCUCUCUCUCUCUCUCGCUUCCUCUUCUCUUUUUCCUUUUUUUUGGCUUUUGUAAGUGAUAUAAACUUCAAAGCAUUUAUAUUACACAUAAUGGGAGUAUUCCU